GCCCGCGCGGCCCCGCGCGGCAGGAUGAUCCACGAGCUGCUGCUGGCCCUGAGCGGGUACCCAGGGGCGGCCUUCACCUGGAGCAAGCGCGGCGGCCUCCAGGUGUCUCAAGAGCUGCCGUUUCUGCAUCCCAGCGAGACCAGCGUCCUGAACCGGCUCUGCCGCCUCGGCACCGACUACAUCCGCUUCGCCGAAUUCGUGGAGCAGUACACGGGACACGUACAGCAGCAGGAUCACCAUCCAUCUCAGCAAAACCAGAGUGGAUUGCAUGGCAUUUAUUUGAGAGCCUUCUGUACAGGUCUUGAUUCAGUGCUGCAGCCUUAUCGACAGGCACUACUUGAUCUAGAACAAGAGUUUCUGGCUGACCCACAUCUUUCCAUCUCACAUGUUAAUUACUCCUUGGACCAGUUUCAGUUACUCUUCCCCUCUGUGAUGGUCAUGGUGGAACAGAUCAAAACUCAGAAGAUUCAUGGGUGCCAAAUAUUGGAGACAGUCCACAAACAUAGCUGUGGGGGGUUGCCUCCUGUUCGCAGUGCUCUUGAAAAGAUUCUGGCUGUGUGUCAUGGAGUCAUGUAUAAGCAGCUCUCUGCCUGGAUGCUGCAUGGAUUGCUACUAGACCAACAUGAAGAGUUCUUUAUCAAACAAGGCCCCUCUUCUGGAAAUGUCUCUAGCCAACCUGAAGAAGAUGACGAUGACUUAGGAAUUGGGGGGCUUACAGGAAAACAGCUACGAGAACUGCAGGACCUGCGCUUGAUUGAGGAGGAGAACAUGUUAGCUCCAUCUCUAAAGCAGUUUUCUUUGAGAGUAGAAAUGCUGCCUUCAUACAUUCCUGUACGGGUUGCUGAGAAGAUCCUCUUUGUGGGAGAAUCUGUUCAGAUGUUUGAGAAUCAGAAUGUUAACCUGACCAGAAAAGGCUCCAUCCUAAAAAACCAAGAGGACACUUUUGCAGCAGAGCUACAUCGACUCAAGCAGCAACCGCUUUUUAGUUUGGUGGACUUUGAAUCAGUGGUUGACUGGAUACGGAGCACUGUUGCUGAGCAUCUUUGGAAACUGAUGGUGGAGGAAUCGGAUCUACUAGGACAACUGAAGAUUAUAAAAGACUUUUACCUUUUGGGAAGAGGUGAGCUGUUUCAGGCUUUCAUAGACACCGCACAGCACAUGUUAAAGACACCACCUACGGCUGUAACGGAACAUGAUGUCAACAUUGCAUUUCAGCUGUCUGCUCAUAAGGUACUGUUAGAUGACGACAACCUUCUUCCUCUUCUUCACUUAACCAUUGAGUAUCAUGGAAAGGAACAUAAAGAUACUUCUCAGACUCGUGAAGGGCCUUCUCGGGAAUUAUCUCCACGUGAAGCCCCCACAUCUGGAUGGGCAGCUCUGGGCCUUUCUUACAAAGUUCAGUGGCCACUGCACAUUCUUUUUACUCCUGCUGUUCUCGAGAAGUACAACGUUGUGUUCAAAUACCUGCUGAGUGUGCGACGAGUUCAGGCUGAGCUGCAGCACUGCUGGGCUCUCCAGAUGCAACGUAAACACCUAAAAUCUAAUAGAACAGAUGCCAUCAAGUGGCGUCUGAGGGAUCACAUGGCUUUCCUUGUGGACAAUCUUCAGUAUUAUCUGCAGGUCGAUGUACUGGAGUCUCAGUUCUCACAGCUUCUGCAGCAGAUAAAUGCCACAAGAGAUUUUGAGAGUAUACGAUUGGCUCAUGAUCAUUUCCUAAGUAAUUUGUUGGCUCAGUCUUUCAUCCUUCUAAAACCUGUUUUCCACUGCUUAAAUGAAAUUCUGGAUCUUUGUCAUAGCUUUUGUUCUCUGGUCAGUCAGAAUCUGGGUCCCUUAGAUGAACGGGGAGCUGCACAACUCAGUAUUUUGGUGAAGGGAUUCAGUCGUCAGUCAUCACUGCUCUUCAAGAUUCUCUCCAGCGUUCGCAAUCAUCAGAUAAACUCCGACUUAGCUCAACUGCUGCUACGCUUGGAUUAUAACAAAUACUACACCCAGGCUGGAGGAACCUUGGGCAGUUUUGGAGUUUAAGCACUAAAGGCCUUUGCUUCAGGCUGUGACUAGUGAUGCAUCAAGCACUGGAGACUGGCGCUCUUGGACAGUUGCAGAGUUUGCGCUCAGAUUUUUCUUUGUAGCUGGCUUUUGCCUGAUGAAAUGCUGUUUCACAGGGAAUUGGCAGGAAUUGCCUCUUAUCUGAGGCUGACCAGCAAUUACAGAAAGCUAUUCUAUUUCUUCAAGAAAUCAAAAAAAUAUGCUUUCUGCAGCCCUGCAUAUACUUAUAGGUGCUUCCAGGGAGGCAGUCUGAACCUCUUCAGAAAGUGAAAAACCAGAAU